AUGAACAUCGUGGUGGAGUUCUUCGUGGUCACUUUCAAAGUGCUGUGGGCGUUCGUGCUGGCCGCGGCGCGCUGGCUGGUGCGGCCCAAGGAGAAGAGCGUGGCCGGCCAGGUGUGCCUCAUCACGGGCGCGGGCAGCGGCCUGGGCCGCCUCUUUGCCCUGGAGUUCGCCCGGCGCCGGGCGCUGCUGGUUCUCUGGGACAUCAACACGCAGAGCAACGAGGAGACCGCAGGCAUGGUGCGCCACAUCUACCGGGACCUGGAGGCAGCCGACGCCGCCGCUCUGCAAGCUGGGAAUGGUGAGGAGGAAAUCCUGCCCCCAUGUAACUUGCAGGUUUUUACCUACACUUGUGACGUGGGAAAGAGGGAGAAUGUCUACCUGACAGCUGAAAGAGUCCGAAAGGAGGUUGGUGAGGUCUCGGUCCUGGUCAAUAAUGCUGGUGUGGUUUCUGGACAUCACCUUCUGGAAUGCCCUGAUGAGCUCAUCGAGAGAACCAUGAUGGUCAACUGCCAUGCACACUUCUGGACCACUAAGGCCUUCCUUCCGACAAUGCUGGAAAUCAACCAUGGCCACAUUGUGACGGUCGCAAGCUCCCUGGGACUGUUCAGCACUGCUGGAGUUGAGGAUUACUGCGCCAGUAAAUUUGGAGUUGUGGGUUUUCACGAAUCUCUGAGCCAUGAGCUAAAGGCUGCUGAAAAGGAUGGAAUUAAAACAACUUUGGUUUGCCCUUACCUUGUCGACACAGGCAUGUUCAGAGGCUGCCGAAUCAGAAAAGAAAUUGAGCCCUUUUUGCCCCCUCUGAAGCCCGAUUACUGUGUGAAGCAGGCUAUGAAGGCCAUCCUCACCGACCAGCCCAUGAUCUGCACCCCCCGCCUCAUGUACAUCGUGACCUUCAUGAAGAGCAUCCUUCCUUUCGAAGCAGUUGUGUGCAUGUAUCGGUUUCUAGGAGCGGACAAGUGCAUGUAUCCCUUUAUUGCGCAAAGAAAACAAGCCACAAACAAUAAUGAAGCGAAAAAUGGAAUCUGAGUGUUUCUGUGCCGCGCGCCACUCGUAUCAGGAUGGCUCAGUGCAUACUUCAGCAGUACUGACAGUCUGGAUUCUAACCCAUGUCGACUCUUUUUUUUUUUUCUAAUCAACUUUUUAAAAAAUAAUAAAGUGUAAAUUAACUGACUACAGUGCUUGAAAAAUGUGAGCUUGGGUUUUUGCCAAUGGGGUCUUUUUUUAGACAGGGCCCUAAAACUGAGUCCAAUAUUUAGACAAACACUAUGUGACAUCAUUUUUUUUAAUGAACAGAAAGUCUAGAAAUGAUGACUACAGUGUGUUUCAUGUGUGUGGUUCUUCUGAAUUCCCACUGAUUCAUUCAUGUUGGGAAGAUCUAGCCAGCUGGCACCCUUACGCAUUCAAGGACUGACAGGGCUAUGUUUUGUCCUGUGUCCUGGGCUCUUCUCAUGCGAGUCUGGGCGGCUCGCUCAUGGUGUCUGUGGGUUCAGCUCGCAGAAAGACGAAGUUUUGAUGUCAGGUUGAGAAAGUGCAGCCUGAGAAUCACUGCAGAGGCCACGGGUCUCUUCCUUAAGCUUACAGUGACUAAAAUAUUAGGUGUUUUUUAAAUUCGAUCUCAGAAAUACUCAAUUGAGUGCUUAGAGACCUGGUUGAACAAAAUGACUGAACAGUUUCUACCUGUGAGCUGUGCUGCGAGUGGAAAGUGCUCUCUCCUCAGGGAGCUGCAGGGUCGUGUUAAAAGGAUGGAGGGGAGGAGCCUUGUCCACAGAACACAGCAGCUCUACAAAGGAAAUGGGAAUUUUCUGCAUCAAAAAGUCCCCGUAUUUGUGCCAACCUUAAUCAGUGUGGGGAACAAAUCUUGUGUGGAGUACUGUGGAAGGGUGUGAAGAUUUCUUUGAAAGGUUUAUUCACAUUGUAGAACAUCAAAUGACAUUUUUACAGUAUUUUUUUGUAAAGCAAACUAUUUUGUGCCUUGAAUUUGGUAUAUGUGUAUUAGUGAAACAUUGUAAAAGUGAAUUGCUACCUCUGUAUCUACAUGUGUACCAUCCUCCUGUAAAUUACUAUGGACUAUUAUGUGAUUGCUUCUGUUUGUCCUAGGAUGUCUUGUUUAAAUAGUGACCAAUGUCUAAGGCUGUUAAAAUAAGCCAACUUUUACUAAUGGAGAAGUUUUCUAAAGGACCGAUUAAAUACUUACCUAACCGA